CAGCCGGCGGAGCCUCCUCCCGAAGCCCGAGCGACCGUCACGGCGACGGCGGCGGUCACCCCGAGGGGAGGGACGGAGCCUCAGGAGGCCGCUCUCCGUUCGCCCUUCCAGGCCCCGGAGCCGGAGCAACCACCGGGGGCGGCCCGUAGUCCAACCGCGGGGGCAGCACGACGAGCACCGGACCUGCCGGAAGAGCCGCCGACGCCGCCAGAGGAGGAGGGGGGGAAGGAAGAGGAGUCAUCACCGCCGCCAUGGCCCACUCGCCGGUGGCGGUCCAAGUGCCCGGGAUGCAGAAUCAUAGAGCUGACCCGGAAGAACUCUUCACAAAAUUGGAACGUAUUGGAAAAGGCUCCUUUGGAGAAGUUUUUAAAGGAAUUGAUAAUCGGACACAGCAAGUGGUUGCUAUAAAAAUCAUAGACCUUGAGGAAGCAGAAGAUGAGAUAGAAGAUAUUCAACAAGAAAUAACUGUUUUAAGUCAGUGUGAUAGUCCGUAUGUAACAAAAUACUAUGGAUCAUAUUUAAAGGGUACAAAGUUAUGGAUAAUAAUGGAAUACUUGGGUGGAGGAUCAGCCCUAGAUCUCCUACGGGCUGGUCCAUUUGAUGAGUUCCAGAUAGCUACGAUGCUAAAGGAAAUCUUGAAAGGCCUUGACUAUCUGCAUUCGGAAAAGAAAAUUCACAGAGACAUAAAAGCUGCCAAUGUCUUGUUGUCAGAGCAAGGAGACGUUAAACUUGCCGACUUUGGAGUUGCUGGCCAGCUGACAGAUACCCAAAUUAAGAGGAAUACCUUUGUAGGAACCCCUUUCUGGAUGGCUCCUGAAGUCAUCCAGCAAUCAGCCUAUGACUCAAAGGCUGACAUUUGGUCAUUAGGAAUUACUGCUAUUGAACUUGCCAAAGGAGAACCCCCCAAUUCAGACAUGCAUCCCAUGAGGGUCCUCUUUCUAAUCCCCAAAAAUAAUCCACCAACUUUACUGGGAGAUUUUAGUAAGCCAUUUAAAGAAUUUAUUGACGCGUGUCUGAACAAGGAUCCGACAUUUCGCCCUACGGCAAAGGAAUUAUUGAAGCACAAAUUCAUUAUUAAAAAUGCCAAGAAGACGUCUUACCUGACAGAACUGAUCGAUCGGUUUAAGAGGUGGAAGGCAGAAGGACACAGCGAUGAUGAAUCUGAUUCAGACGGGUCUGAUUCGGAAUCCAGUAACAAGGAAAAUAAUUCCCAUCCUGAGUGGAGUUUUACUACCGUGCGGAAGAAGCCCGAUGCAAAGAAACUACAGAAUGGAACAGAUCAAGAUCUUGUGAAAACAUUGAGCUGUUUGACUAUGAUAAUCACUCCUGUGUUUGAUGAGCUUAAACAGCAAGACACAAAUAAUGCUAGCCGAAAGAAGGCAAUUGAAGAACUUGAAAAAAGUAUCACUGUGGCAGAAGCAACAUGUCCUGGACUCACAGAUAAGAUGGUGAAGAAACUUAUUGAGAAAUUUCAGAAGUUUGCUGUUAAUGACUCAUCUUAAGAAUUUGCCCAUAAAGGACUCUGCCGUUUCACCUGAACCCAGUGAAGCCCACCAAAACUACUUCAAGCUUGACAGUGCUUAGCUCAUGAGCUCCUUGUGCCUUUUUUGGAUCUUUGCAACCGUAUUGAUGACGAUUAAGGAUUGGAAGUACCUUCUCCACUCUUUUGCGAUGGUGUAUAUGGUUUUAUAUUUUCAGGAAAUUAUUUUGUAAAGAAUAACUUUUAAUACUGUAGUUUCAUCUGUGUUUAAUCGGAUAAACGUUGAGAUGUAGUUUUGCUUUUUAUGUAUCACUUGAGUUGUUAAGAUGUACAAGAACUGUUUGAUCUUUCAUUAACUGUACACCUAUGAAGCGUACAGGUCUUUUGUAUUAAGUGUAAGGUAAACUUUUGUAAAUCACUAACAAGCUUCAGAAAUAGCUUUUCACAGGCAUACUCAAAAUGAUUAUUUUAGUGGGUAGGCUGUUACAGUAGUACCUGCUUUGACCAUUAUUUUAUUAAGUCCCCACCCCAUCCCCACCCCCCAAAAAAAAAAAAUUAAACCGGCAACAGUAUCUCCUAGAUUUGAGUUGGUACAGUAUUUUGGGCAGCUCAAUGAUUACAUGUAUUUGAGAGCAAUAUGACUUAAUAGUUUGCAGGUAAGAUGUAGCAAACAAGGUAUAUAGUCUGGUGUACAGCAUUUGCAUUGCUUUCAGCACAGGUUUUCAAGUAAUUAAAUCAUUCAUCAUGGUAGAAAAUUUAAAGCAAUACAGUUGGGCUGGGGAGGGGCUUGGGCAAUAAUGGAUAAAAAAUUAGUCUGGUUUCAUUUUUAAAUUUUUUUUUGACUAAAAAAUUGCACAUCAUGUGCUUGGGUUUAGGGGAAUUAAGGAAGCUGAGAGUCAUAUGACGACAAUAUACCUCAUCAGCAGGUAUAAGUAUAACUACCAACCAGCAUUGGGGGUAAGUUGCAUUGUAAAAUAUUUAUACAUUCUCAUUCUUAAUAGACUGCAGUUCACAAACAUCAAUUGUUCAUAAUUUUCUGAAACUAUUUUAAAGAUGUAUUUGCCAGUUAAUAUGCAAAUAACCAAGUUAUAGAUAUUCUUUCACAGAAGUAGUACUGUGCAGUACUGAGGGUUUUUUUUUUCAUAAAAAGUUAACUACAAAAGUUGCUUUUCAAUUAUAUAUUUAUGGUACUGCUAGGUGGGUAAUAUCUUUUUCUUUUCAACCCAGUAUGUAUAUUAUGCUGAAGUUUUGAACUGGGAUUGUAUUUCAGUACUUGUGGAUUGUUGGUGUAAAUUUAUUUUUGAUAAAGGCUCUGUGUUUUAUUUUAUGGUUUUAGACCUGCACAUUGUUUUUGCACAAAAGUCAUUUUAAAGAAUCUGAAUUAUACCUGCCAAAUACUGAAAAAGUAAUGCUGUGUAAGAAUACUGCAUUUUAAAUCAAACGUUGCCAUUACAUUGUUAUGUUAUAAAGGACAUAAGAGAGAUGGAGACUGACAGUGGGGUUAGAUAUGCCAAGGGCAAUGAUUUUCAAUGGUGCCUACACUGUAAAGAUUGUUGAAGUCCUUGUUUUAAUUUUAAAGUGUUUCUGUUCAAGUUUUCCAUCUGCUGAGAUAAUGAAAUUCAAUUACAAUUUCUAUCUGCAAAGGUCUGGAAAUAGUUUUUGAAAACAAUGUUAUGGAUUAAAUAAAAUAUUUUUAUAAAAGUGAAAAAGCAGCAAAAGUUGUAAAUACAAUUGAUCUGAAGCUUUACAAAAUAACUGCAUCACAGAUACAAAUUGUAGUGCUCAUUAUUCAAUGUAGUCUUGUAAAUCUGUUUAUAAAUAAGCUUAUUUCAGUGUUUUGGGGGGUUAAAAUAAAAAUAAAUAUUUAAAUUCUGUAAA